CGGGCCGUGACGUCACACGGCCGCGCCGGAGCCCGGCCCCGCGCUGAGGGGCGCCGCGCGCGAGCGGGGUCCUGGGAAAGAUGACCACUCUCACACGGCAGGACCUUAACUUUGGGCAAGUUGUUGCAGAUGUUCUGUCAGAGUUUCUGGAAGUAGCUGUUCACCUUAUCUUAUACGUCAGAGAAGUUUACCCCAUUGGGAUCUUUCAGAAGAGGAAAAAAUACAAUGUACCUGUCCAGAUGUCCUGCCACCCAGAGCUGAACCAGUACAUCCAGGACACGCUGCACUGCGUGAAGCCACUGCUUGAGAAGAACGAUGUGGAGAAAGUCGUGGUGGUCAUCCUGGACAAAGAGCACCAUCCAGUGGAGAGGUUUGUCUUUGAGAUCACCCAGCCACCCCUGCUUUCCAUCAGCUCGGAGUCCCUGCUGUCCCAUGUGGAGCAGUUACUGCGUGCCUUCAUCCUGAAGAUCAGCGUGUGCGACGCAGUGCUGGACAACAACCCCCCAGGUAAACACAUCCACACAGCCCUGGAGCAUCUCAUUGCUGCACCUGGGACAACAGGUAGUGUCUGGUGUGCUCUUCAUUGUCCUCUGAGCUGGACCACUUCUCUGGCAGGUUGCACCUUCACAGUUCUGGUUCACACCCGGGAGGCUGCCACACGGAACAUGGAGAAGAUCCAGGUGAUAAAGGACUUCCCGUGGAUCCUCGCUGACGAACAAGACGUGCACAUGCACGACCCCCGGCUGAUUCCCCUCAAAACUAUGACAUCUGACAUCCUAAAGAUGCAGCUGUAUGUUGAAGAGAGAGCGCACAAAGGCACCUGAUUUCAGCUCUUCCUUGCCUUCAAGCCUCAUCUGAUCUUCCAGUGGAAUAAGAUCUCUCUCAGACCACACCUUGACAACCAUCUCUUCAGCAGGCCUUCUGGCUGAAUGUAGAGCAGCUGCUGCCUCUCUAUUUCAAGUGCUCUUACCACUGUACAUAGAACUGACUUGGAAUGUGGAGCCAGAGCCUGUUCCCGCCUACAGCCGUGCGUGAGAGCGAGUACAGGUUACGUGGCGAGUCCCUGGGGGCAGGAGACAGGCAGCUGCAGUCAGUGCUUUGUACAACCCCAGUCUCCCUGUGCCAGGGCAUCUCCAUUGCACGCUGGCAGCGACAGCAGCCGCCUGUUACACGCUCCACUGGAGCAAUGGGCUCGUGCUAAGGGUGAGCGAGGCCUUAUGUAGCGUCUGUCCACUGUGACUGUCCCGAGUAGUCUUCAAUAAACAUUCAUUUUACCCCAGA